AUGAAAACUAGCGUCGAGUUUGGAAUACUACGCCAUGAUGCACCACCAAUUCCACCGUCACGUAGUUCCAAGGUGCCGCGUGAACUCUUACUCAACAAUCAGGAGUGCAUACCCGCAGGAAGUGGGUUUCAAGGUCACUACCAUUUUGCAGAGGUUGCAAAAGAUGUGUCACGACAUCCCCUUUCCACGAUUGCGGCAGUGACAACAUUAGAGUUACGCGAGGCUGCAACAGCAGCACCACCACCGAUGACCAAUACGUCGUCCGACCUGCUGGCGGCGACCAAAUCCCCUUUGCCACCGCAUAUGAUAGCUUUGACACCACAGACAGCACCGUUUACUGUGGAUGCAAAUCCACCAGCCCCGGAGAUGCUGCAGCAACACAAGCAGGAGGCUUGUCAGCGGAAGUGGCUUAUAAGAGUGGGCGUUCUUCUGGCUGUCGCGCUGGUGCUAAUUUGUGUCGUUUAUCAAAUCUGCGCUUGGACAAGUCGAUGGCAGAAACGACGCGCCUUUCUGUUAGUUCAAAGAACUUUCGCCUCCAGUGUGAAUAAUGAGCGUCGCAAUGGGGAGAUGGAGUUUGUCAUGAGUGGUGUCAACAUCACAAUUUGCAAUGCCAACCCAUUUCGGGGCUCUGCAAUCUUUGAUCUACCCAGUGGAAGUUACCUCUACGACAUGUUGACGGGAAUUCACAGUGGAGCCGUGCGAAUUCCUGACUUCGCAAAGGAACUCAGCAAGCAAAGCCUGUCCACUCUCAUUGCUAUCUCGCAUCAUCUUCCCGAUAUGCUGAAAAGUUGUACAAUCAACGGAUUGUCCUGUGGAACGGAGGAGUUUGAAAGCGUUAUCAAUUUCAAUCGGCUCUGCUUCCGACUAGCCCUGAAUUCUUCAGCACGAGAUGUUCGACUGAUUUUGGAUCCGCAAGAACAUGAGUACCUUCUGCCCAAUGACGCUAUUGUCGGCUUCUACCUCUCAGUGGAUAACAGUCGCGAUCAGAUCCUAUCAUCUCGAAUGGGUUUGAAGCAGUACGAACGCUCCAUUGAUAUACUUCAACCACCAUCAGAGAGUGAUGAACUGUUUGUGGGCUCCCAAUUUCAAACGUUCAUCCAAGUCGGCUUUUCUGAUACUCCGAUUCCACCGCUCAACUCCCUUUCGUCAAUUUCCAAAGCUCAAAUCUUCCGCUCGACGAUACGCUCGGUGGUGCAGGUCGCUAAGCCAGUGUUCAGCUCCAGAUUCCUUCAAUUGCGGGAGCCAAUCACGUUGCGAGGCACCUCCAGAAUGGCAAAGGCUCGACUAGUUCAGCAGUGGGCCUACCUGCGACACGAGAACACUUCAGCUGUAGUGGUUAUUGAAAAUUUGGCUCUCCGGUUGGGGAACCUUAAGAAGGACUUCGAUGGGAUGCUUCAGAGUCUCGCGGAAUUAAGAGCAGCUCAGCACAUGACCUCGGCAUUUGAGCCUUCAAAGUGGGACUUUGUGGAGACCUGUAUCUCUCCAACUGGCACAGCGUUGAAUACCAUCGUCAACUUUACAGACGGUUUCUAUGACCACCUUUGUCGUCUGCUGGAUUCCAGAGAUCAGGAUUCCUAUCUAAUCCGUAACAUUCACUGCGAUGUCGACCAGCCACAAUUGCGGCCUCCGCCUUCUACUUCAGAAACGGGUUCAACACUUCAACUCUUUGUGGUGCAGAUGCUCUUCUCUCGAUCUCAUACCACCAAUCAACGAAUCAUUCAGCUGCUUCGACGGCAAGUCAGCCUUCUUUCCAUCGUGAAUCAGGAGUUGCAACAACACUACACAGCCGGCAAUAUGGAUGGUGUGGAACUUCUGGAGUGCACCCGAUGCGAACGUCUAGGAGGCGGUGGCAGUGAUGUGAGAACUUCCAUGAGUUGUCGACGUAUGGAUCGAAAACCCAAAGUCAACAUGACACAGCAUUGGGAACUCUUCAAGAAAUUCAAUCAAGCCAUCGCAGCGUGCACUCAACGACUGGACGCUCUCAAUAAGGACCUAGAGGCCACCACAAUGGCCAACCUGAAGCAUAUCCAGGCUUUUUUGAGAGGCGUGGGAAGCGACGCAGCAGAGGUGGGAUCGGCUACUCAUGGCCCUCCUGGUAAACCUGUUAGUGACGAAGUCAGGAGUUUGGAGGAGGAGGCCAGAGAUGUUGCGUUUGCUUUCACAUGGAAAAUGUGGUUUCAAGUGUACACUGACGGUCAGUAA